AUGAGUUCUGCACCGAAUGGGCGCAAGAAGCGCCCCAGCCGGUCCACCCGCUCCUCGAUCUUCCAGAUCAGCAAGCCCCCGCUGCAGAGCGGGGAGUGGGAGCGCAGGGGCAGCAGCUCCGAGAGCGCCCACAAAACCCAACGAGCCCUGGACGACUGCAAGAUGCUUGUCCAAGAGUUCAAUACUCAAGUGGCCCUGUACCGAGAGAUGGUCAUUUCUAUCGGGGAUGUCUCUGUCAGCUGCCCCUCCCUCCGGGCGGAAAUGCACAAGACAAGAACCAAAGGCUGUGAAAUGGCCCGCCAGGCACACCAAAAACUUGCUGCCAUCUCAGGCCCGGAAGAUGGUGAGAUCCAUCCAGAAAUCUGUCGGCUUUAUAUCCAGCUGCAGUGUUGCUUAGAAAUGUACACAACAGAGAUGCUCAAAUCCAUAUGUCUGCUGGGGUCUCUUCAGUUUCAUCGAAAAGGAAAGGAGCCUGGUGGGGGAACCAAGAGUUUGGAUUGCAAAAUUGAGGAGGGUACCGAAACACCUGCUCUAGAGGACUCCUCGUCAUCCCCUGUAGAUAUUCCGCAACAUUCCUGGCAGGUUUCCACAGACAUUGAGAACACUGAAAGAGACAUGCGAGAAAUGAAAAACCUUUUAAGCAAACUCAGGGAAACUAUGCCUUUACCAUUGAAAAAUCAAGAUGACAGCAGCCUUCUAAAUCUAACUCCCUACCCCCUGGUUAGAAGACGGAAGAGAAGGUUCUUUGGGCUGUGUUGUCUUGUCUCAAGCUAGGCUCUCCUCCUGGAAACCCAACAUUGCGAAGACCUGAAAAUAUCACAGAACCUGAGGACCUCCAGAGAGCUGAUCCACAAUUCUUGGUUUUUGACUAUGUUUUCUAGGCUUCCUUAUUACUUUUAUUCGCCUCCCUCUACCCUUUUAAAUGAUUUUACAUGUGAAAGCAGCUGCUGUCAAGGGGGGAAAAAGAUUCAAAACGCAGGCUGUUUUUAAAAGGAUUUUUAAAGCUGACAUUGUACGUGUCUGCUCCAAACCAUACCAUGACAGAUGCAAGAAUUAUGGUUUUUAAAUUAUUUAAAGGUUUUUUUAAAUGUAUUAUACAGAGAAAAAUUAUUUCAUGUAUAAUAGUAUAUCUUUAGCUCUUGCUGAUCUCAUGUUAACAAUUUAUCAUAUAUGAAAGUCUUUAAACAUAGAAAUCUCUCUAAAACUGCAAAACUGUGUUCAAAAAUCCAAUCAUCUGUCAGUACUAUUAGAAAUAAUAUUAUAAGCAAACAUAUACCACCUCACCUAUUGCUUUGUCUGCGCUCAUUCACAUUUAGUCUUCCAUUCUGUCAAAAUCCAAGAGCUUCUACAUAAAAACAUCUUAAUUUAUAAUGCAACAAAAACCAUAUAUGAAAAGUAUUUAAAUUUUGUAAAUACACAAUAAUCCUAAUACCUUCGUACAAUGCAUAUGGGCAACUAAUUUCCUUUUGAUCCAAUGGUGUCUUUUUCAGCUUCCUGGAGAAUGAAGUUAAUCCAGUUAGAAAAUGGUGUAGUAACAUAUACAAUUACCCUCAAAUGUAAAAUUGAAUAUUAUCACAUUUUGUUCUAACUGAAAUCUGAAGCAUGAUGUCUGCACAGCAGCAUAGUGUUAAAUCUUAUAGGGCAUGCUGGAAUUAGCUCAGAUCGUAAAACUAUUUAACAUUUUCUGUUAAUAAAAUCUUUUUAGUUAA